AUGACAGGUAGCAGACCCCAGGGGUGUGUUGGCUCAGCGGUGAACAUCGACUCGCUCGACCCUCACCACACACCUCAGAUCAGAGGGACGGACACCAGCCCCACCGUCACCUCUGGUAGCACACACGCACCGCCCCUCGCCCCCUUCAUCCACCCCCCCCCACUCACCCACCUCACUCUCAACGGGGUCUUUAUGACAGUGGGACUGUGCGGCCUCUCCCUGUGGCUGGUGGUGUGGCUGGUCCUCGGCAAGCCCGGUCCGUCGGCGGCGUGCCCGCAUCUGUGCGUGUGCUACCCGACUCCCAUGACCGUGAGCUGCCAGGCGCAGAACUUCACCUCCGUGCCCGUUGGCGUGCCCUACGACUCGCAGCGCGUGUUCCUACAGAACAACCGAAUUACGGAGCUUAGAGUCGGCUCUUUCGGCUUCGGGACUCAGGUCCUGUGGCUGUUCUCCAACAACAUCACGUGGAUUGAGGCUGGCUCCUUCAGUGAGCUGAGAGAUCUAGAGGAGCUGGACCUGGGGGACAACUCUCACCUGCGCAGGCUGGAAGGAGGGGCCUUCAGGGGCCUGGAGAAACUCCAGAGUCUCCACAUGCACCGCUGCAAGCUUACCGCCCUGCCCCACGACCUGUUCCACAAGCUGUACAGCCUGCAGUUCCUCUACCUGCAGGAGAACCAGCUCCACUUCCUCCAGGAUGACCUCUUCUCUGACCUCAUCAACCUGAGCCAGCUCUUCUUGCAUGGAAACCGUAUCCGUACUCUGUCGGAGAACGUGUUCCGUGGCCUGGUCAACCUGGACCGCCUUCUUCUCCACGACAAUCGUGUGCGCCAGGUUAACCGCCGGGCGUUCCGCGACCUCGGACGCCUCACCAUGCUUUUCCUGUUCAACAACUCAUUGGCUGAGCUCCCCGGCCAGGCUCUCCGUGACACCCAGGGCAUCGAGUUCCUCCGUCUCAAUGGGAACCCCUGGUCCUGUGGCUGCGAGGCCCUCCCCCUGUGGGAGUGGUUCCGUGGCGCGCGUGUCUCAUCGUCCGAGCUGUUGUGUUCCUCCCCGUCCCCCCGCCGCGGGAUGGACCUCCGCUUCCUCCGUGAGAUGGACUUCGCCCUCUGCCCUCUCCCCGACCCCGGCACCCUGGCCGGCUCCACCACGAGGACCUUCAGCACCAAGACAAGAUGGUGGUUCUCCAAGCACAAGCCCCAGUCCCAGACCAAGGCAGUGUUCGAGAAGAGCUCCGAGACCAUCAAGGCCUUCCCGUUCCCCCAAGGGAAGAACAACCCACCCAUUUUGACCUCCACCAAUGUCAAGUACGAGCUCGGCGAGGAAGAGGCAGCGCUACCCAAACUCGACGCUGAGGAGUACUGGGCGAACUAUGAGAACGAGGACGCCGGCACCACGCUGCGAUGCUUCGAGCUCGAGUGUCCGCCUGACUUCGAUGGCCUCCCUCCCAACUCCUCCUCCCCAACAUCAUCCCCCUCUCUCUCACUCCUCCUCGCCCUCUCGCUACUCGCCGUCUCCAUCAAUCUACACCUCAUAUUUGGCUGA